GGUGUCACAACGCGGCGCUGUCCACGGCCUGUGGUGCUGAAAUUCAGAGGGACAAACCAGGGUGCCCUUUCCUGUCACCGCAGGCGCUAAAUUCUAAUUAUACGCCUAAAUAGGCCGAUUAAAUCCACCUUAUACACAUGACCUGCGCUUGUGACAAAUCGAGCAGGUGACAGACACCAAAUUGGAAAAUCAAUUUGAACAAGUCUAUGCACUGGAUUCUCUCUCUCUCUCUAAACGGUUAGUUCUGGUAUGAUCGUGAUGGAGCCUCGUCUGCUCUACGGGGUGCGCUCCAGGUGGUUAUGCGUCUGUUCUGUGAACCGGAUGGAGCCAAGAGUGCUACCGGGACUGAGUCACACCGGGGGAACGCACACCGAGAACUUGUUGUUUCCUCUCGGGAUGCUUUGUUAUGUGGUGAAAUUUUGAUCGGCGCCCCUCAGAUAGAUCUGUUUUUACACAGCGUUAUAAGACCGAACAUGGCGGAGGCGGUCAGCGGCGGAGGCGUGCCUGACGCGACCGACUCGCUCCCCGGUGACGAGUACGAGUGCAAAAUAUGCUACAACUACUUCGACUUGGACCGACGUCGCCCCAAACUGCUGAGCUGUUCCCACACCUUCUGCCAGGAGUGCCUCGAAACCUUGCACCUCCGAGAGGGCGGCGGAUGGAGAAUCGGCUGCCCCGUGUGUCGACACCGGACCCCGGUGCCAGAAUACCGCGUUCGCAACCUCCCGGAUAACGCCCCGCUGACUGAAGCGCUGCCGGUUAAAGUGCAACGCGUGAACGGGUCAGAAGAACGAACGGGUGCCAGCGUCUCUUCCUCCCAAGAGACAAACGACAGCUGCGACACUUGCGCACAUGUUGCGUUGAGCCUCUGCGUGUGCGCCAUCGUCUCCUUCCUCUCCACCGUGGUGCUCUUAUUUCUGGGCCUCAUCUUUGUGCACCACCGCAUGGCGCCACCGGUCGUCCUGUGCCUGCUCACCGCCAGCGUCCUCGCCCUGUUCUCCAUUAUCCUGACUUGGUUAACGUGUUUGCUGAAGUAUCGGACUGAACCUGAGGCGAGCAACCUCAGUUCCCUCACAUCUAAUAGCCUGUAAUGUGUUCCUGGGGUACACAAAUUCAAUUUGGCCUCAGUAGAAAUUUGAAAGUGAAUGUUGUUUAUUUAUUUACCCGGAAGACAACAACACCACAGUUGUGUACACAAACAUAGAAUAUUUCCAUCUGGUUUUCUGGGACACAUCCAUACAGUAUUAUUAUACUUUCUGCUUUCCCUGUACUGUACAUUUGUACAGUACUAGUAGUUGUACUUGACUCAAGUAUUUCCAUUUUGUGUUUUUUUCUUCUUCAUAAGAAAUUCUAAAGUAAAAUGAAUAUAAAGACAGACCCCUGUGAGAUGACUUUACAUCGCAGAAACCUAGAAUACAACCACCAGACAUAAUCAUAAAAACACAAACUAUGCAAUGCCUCUGAAAACCAGUGUGACACUUGACAGAAAAAAGACAGCACUCACACGAAAAGUCUCCCCACUAUUGUGAGAAUGUUCCAUCUUUCCAGGUGUGAGGGCAUCACCUGUGCGGGUUACACCACAUAUUUAGGUUAAAUUAGGUUUUAGGUAAGGUACAUAUUUUAGGUCUAAACUCUGGCUGAAUUAUUCUAAAACGUUGCACUUUCAUUGCUGAAGCUGUUGUCGAUUUGAAUGUGUGCUCUAGAUCGAUGUCAUGACAAGAGACGUCACAUGUCGGAACCAACCACUACUUGCAAGAUGUACUUAAUGCUGCCAUCUUGGCCUCCCUGAUCCGUUUUCUCUUCAUCUUCUCACUACUUUUAGUAGGAUGUGAUACUUUUGAUGUUAUUGCUGAGCCAUAUGUUCUCCACUUGUCUUGUCUGUGUUCCGUGUUAAUAUUCUUUGUGACCCUCACCUGAGUGAAACCUUCAAACACCAAGUACUGUAUUGUGUAUUCUGAGCUGUCUGUGGUGUCAUUCAUUCACGACUCAUGUAGUAGCACACAGACAAGAAUAUGUUUGAAAAAUCUUAAAAGACAUUCGUUUGGAGACAAUCAGAGUUGCUAGACGAAGACAAGCACUGUCACUGCCCAGUUAUAAAAGGGUGUGUGCACGUAUAUUUUUUUUUCUGAAAUGUGUCAUCAGCUGGUCAUCAGCUGUAAUGCAAAGGUUGAUAAGUAAUGGGACAAAAGUUGUGACUUGAUUGAUUCAUUCAAUGUUUUAAUGGGUUGUUAUGAGUUUUAGUGGGUGCUGUAUUUUUAAAUCUGACACCACAAAAUAAAUAAAUGAUCAAAAUCAA